AUACCCCGGCCGAGGUCACGUUUUUCCCGCCGGAAGAGAAAAAGUUGUUGCGAUCCGCAAACUCCAUCGUGCCCACCUUCGGCCUCGUCGCCUGUCCAAAACAUCGCCUCGCCGGCCUCGCAACAGUCUAGGAAAAACUCUCGACCUGUCCAUUCCAUCACCGGGACAUACAAACCUCGCUUCCCGUGUUCCGCCGGACAUUUUCGCUGUUCCGAAACCGCACAUUUCCUUGAACGACCGGCUUCACGGCUACGUCGAAUUAGCGACCUACCCCUCAAUCCACUUCUCUACCUUUUUAUUACGACUUUUAAUACUUGGCUAUGGAUCACUCGAGAGAUCCCUGCCCCUGGGUUGCCCUGAGCGACUUUGGUGGUGCUUUCUGUAUGGGUGCAAUUGGUGGUGCGGUCUGGCACGGUGUUAAAGGAUUCAGAAACAGCCCCUACGGUGAGCGACGGAUAGGCGCAAUCACAGCCAUCAAGGCACGAGCUCCCGUUCUCGGUGGUAACUUCGGUGUCUGGGGUGGUAUGUUCUCGACAUACGACUGUGCGAUCAAGGGAAUCCGGCGAAAAGAGGACGCCUAUAAUGCUAUUAUCGCUGGUUUCUUCACUGGUGGUUCUUUGGCUAUCCGUGGUGGCUACAAGGCUGCUAGAAACUCGGCUAUCAUGUGUGCUGUUUUCCUGGGUGUUAUCGAGGGUGUUGGUAUUGGUUUCCAGAGACUUAUGGCAGACAACACAAAACUCGAGCUCCCCCCUCCGCCUCCGGCCGAAGGAAAGGCUGUCAUCUAAACUCCCCCCCUAAUAUAUCGAUUCGAAGCGAUGACCCUCUCGUCUCGCAAUCUUCGAUUUAUACCUUGAUACACUCUCAUCUCUUCUCUCUUCACUGGUGUUGGGUCCCGGUUAUUGCUGUUUGCUGCUUUUUUACAGGGAGCGUGGCAUAGAGUUUUCCUUUCUGUCUUCGGCUUCCAUUUAUGUU